UGCUCUAGCAAAGUUGGACAGAGAGAGAGAGAGAUGGAAUCCAAAGCACAAGUAUGUUGCAAGGUUCAUGUAGUUUGUAUUCCGAGUCCGUUCCAGAGUCACAUUAAGGCAAUGCUUAAAUUAGCAAAACUUCUUCACCACAAAGGUUUGGACAUCACUUUUGUCAACACUGAGUUCAAUCACAGUCGCUUACUCAAAUCAAGAGGCGCUAACUCUUUAGAUGGUUUCCCCCACUUUCAAUUUGAAACCAUUCCAGAUGGCCUCCCUUAUCAACCGGAUGACACUACUCAAGACAUGUCUGCGCUCUGUGAAUCAAUCCGAAACCAUGUCCUCUUGGACCCAUUUCGCAACCUGCUUGCUAAACUCAUCAAUGCUCCAUCUUCAAAUACUGUCAGUUGGGUCAUAAUCUCAGAUGGUUUCUUGUCAUUCGCUAUCACAGCUGCUGAAGAAGUUGCACUUCCUAUUAUACUGUUUUUCACAAUCUCUGCAUGUAGUUUAAUGGGAUUUAAACAAUUCCGGACACUUAAAGACGAGAGCUAUCUUACAAAAGAAUUGGACACAGUUAUAGAGUGGAUUCCAGGAAUGAAAGAUAUUCGCAUAAGGGAUCUCCCUAGUUUUGUUCGAUCAACGGAUCCAGACGACAUUUUGUUUAACUUGACCAUGGAAGCAACUGAGAAAGCGUCUAAAGCUUCAGCAAUACUUAUUCAUACAUUUGAUGCAUUAGAGAGUCAAGUUUUGGAUGCUCUCUCAUCUAUGUUUUCUCAUGUAUUAGCCGUUGGUCCACUUCAGUUGCUUCUCGAUCAAAUACACGAUCAAGAUGAUGGUGGUCGUGUGUUAAACUCUGUGGGAUAUAAUCUAUGGAAAGAAGAAACUGAGUGUUUGUAUUGGCUGGAGUCCAAGGAACCCAAUUCUGUGAUUUAUGUAAAUUUUGGAAGCAUUACUGCUAUGACAAAGGAGCAGCUUAUUGAGGUUGGAAUGGGACUUGCUAAUAGUGGUCACCCAUUUUUAUGGAUAAUUAGGGAUGAUAUGGUGAUUGGAGAUUUAGAAUCUGAGUUUGUGGAAGAAAUAAUAAUAUUGUCGAAACAAAAAGGUUUCAUUGCAAGUUGGUGUCCUCAAGAGGAAGUCCUAAAACACCCAUCCACAGGAGGAUUCUUAACCCACAGUGGAUGGAAUUCAACAAUGGAGAGUUUAUGUGCUGGAGUGCCUUUGAUUUGUUGGCCAUUUGCUGGAGACCAACCCACAAAUUGUAGAUACACUUGUAAUGAAUGGGGCUUUGGCUUGGAAAUUACUAGUGGUGAAGAUGUGAAGAGAGAUGAGGUGGAGAUGUUGGUGAGAGAGUUAAUGGGACCUGGAGAGAAGGGCAAGAAAUUGAGAAACAAGGCCUUAGAGUGGAAGAAAAAGGCAGAAGAGGCCACUGCUCCUGAUGGCUCCUCCUCCAUAAAUUUGGAAAAGUUGGUGAACAAUUUCUUUUAUCAAAGAUUAUAAUUUGAUACAUAUGACAUUAAUUUUUAAAGAAUCAGUCAACUUUAUGUACCUUAUAAUAAAUGGCCUUUAGCUUCUGAUAAAGAAUGCUGUAACUUUUUCUUAUUUGUAUUUUUAUCUUAUCGUCAUGGGCAGUUGACCUUUCAGGUGUUGCAUA